GGGGGAAAGGGAUGAAUGUUAAUUUCAAAGAUGGCGGCGGAGGGAGGAGGGAAGGAGAUGAACGAAAUUAAAACUCAGUUCACCACUCGGGAAGGCGUCUAUAAACUCCUCACUCACUCCGAAUACAGCCGUCCGAACAGGGUGCCUUUCAAUUCACAGGGCUCCAACCCGGUCAAGGUCUCCUUCGUGAACGUCAACGAUCAGUCUGGCAACGGCGACAGGAUCUGCUUCAAUGUGGGCCGUGAGCUCUACUUCUACAUCUACAAAGGCGUUAGAAAGGCUGCGGACCUGAGCAAGCCCAUCGACAAGCGCAUCUACAAGGGAACACAGCCCACCUGUCAUGACUUCAAUCACCUCACAGCCACGGCGGAAAGCGUGGCACUCCUGGUGGGUUUCUCUGCAGGACAAGUACAGCUCAUCGAUCCAAUCAAGAAGGAGACUAGCAAGCUCUUCAAUGAGGAGAGACUAAUAGACAAAUCCAGGGUAACAUGUGUAAAAUGGGUGCCGGGCUCUGAGAGCCUGUUCCUGGUCUCUCACGCCAGCGGGAACAUGUACCUGUACAACGUUGAGCACACCUGUGGCACCACGGCACCACACUACCAGCUCCUCAAGCAGGGGGAGAACUAUUCUGUGCACACCUGUAAGAGCAAAUCCACGCGGAACCCCCUCCUUAAAUGGACAGUAGGCGAGGGGGCUCUGAAUGAGUUUGCCUUCUCUCCAGACGGGAAGUUCCUAGCCUGUGUAAGCCAGGACGGCUUUCUCAGGGUCUUCAACUUUGAUGCCGUAGAACUCCACGGCACCAUGAAGAGCUACUUUGGUGGCUUGUUGUGUGUGUGCUGGAGCCCGGAUGGAAAGUACAUAGUCGCUGGUGGUGAGGACGAUCUUGUAACUGUGUGGUCGUUCUUGGACUGUAGAGUUAUUGCCCGAGGUCAUGGUCACAAGUCGUGGGUGAGUGUGGUGGCGUUUGACCAUUACACCACCAGCGUAGAGGAAAGUGACCCCAUGGAGUUUAGCGGCAGCGAUGAGGACUUCCAGGAUCAGAUCCACUUCGGACGAGAUCGGGCCAAUAGUACACAGUCACGUCUUUCCAAACGCAACUCCACGGACAGCCGGCCUGUUAGUGUUACCUAUCGGUUCGGCUCAGUGGGUCAGGACACUCAGCUGUGCCUAUGGGACCUCACUGAGGAUAUUCUUUUUCCGCAUCUCCCUCUUUCAAGGACACGGACGCAUACAAACGUGAUGAAUGCUAGCAGCCCCCCCGCGGGUGCUACAAUAAUCACGAACACCUCUAGCAACACUACUAACGGAAACAACAGCGGUGCCAACACACCUGGCAUCAACUCUCUCUCUGCUACAUUACCACGCUCCAAUAGCCUACCCCAUUCGGCUGGGAACACAACGACAGCAAACAAUACUAACAAGGCCGGCAGUGGCGGAGGUAUCAGCAGUGGAAUUAUGGACAGUGCCAUCGCUACAGGUGUGAGUAAGUUUGCCACACUGUCACUGCACGACAGAAAAGAGCGCCACCACGAAAAGGACCACAAACGCAACCACAGCAUGGGUCACAUCAGCAGUAAGAGCAGCGACAAGCUCAACCUGCUGACAAAAACCAAAACAGACCCUGCAAAGACUCUGGGCACUCUACUGUGCCCGCGAAUGGAGGACGUGCCCCUCCUGGAGCCCCUCAUCUGUAAAAAGAUAGCACACGAGAGACUGACUGUACUCAUAUUUUUAGAGGACUGUUUAGUGACUGCUUGUCAGGAGGGAUUUAUUUGCACAUGGGCGAGGCCAGGCAAAGUGGGUUUAUUGUCAUCCCAAAACCAAGCCAGCUCUCCCAGUGGAACAGUAGUAUAGCCACAAUAUUUCUGCUGCUAAAGAACCCUGCAACCCAGAGUCUGAUGCUGCUCUUCACCCUGCAAGCAUUGCAAGUUUUUUUUUGUUUGUUUUCCUUUUUUUUUUCUUUUAUACCUCCUUCCUUUCUCCUGUCUCCUUACCUUUUCUGUUUUUGUUUGUUUGUGGCUCACUCUGACCUAGAAGAAUGAAGUAAGAGAAGAUGGUGCGUUUGUGGACUAUUCUGUACUAUUGUUCUCUGGAGUUUUAACACAUUUUUAAUUCUUUCUCUUUUUCUUAAUUCUUUCAUGUCAAAUCUCAUCAGACUGUUGUCCAAUCUGGAAUUAAGGCUUGGCUUUGUUAGAUGCAAACCAGAGAAUUGUGGCUUGCGAUUAAAGGGAUAAUUCAUGUACUAUUAAGUAUAUCUUACGCCUACGUGGCCCAUAUGUGGCUCAGGUAAACUGACUACAAAGUUUUUUUUCAUAUAUAUUUUUUGGGAUGAACUAUCCUUUUAAGAGCAAGUAAGCGAGCAUCUGAGAAACUCUGCAUCCAUCCACCAUCACCCUCCGCUCCGUCUUUCCUUGAGUAAAAUCUCCCCGUUAUUGACUUUGCACUGAUUUUGUUAGUUGUUUUGUUGAGUUUUUUUGUUUUGUUUGUUUGUUUUUAUAACUACUCUAAUGGAACAAAAAAAAGGGUUGAGGACUGCCUUGUUCACUGGGCUUUAACAUCCUCAGUCUUGAAAUCUGAAUCUAUAAAGCUUGAUGCUGCAAUCAUAGUCUUUUUAAAAUAAAAAAUUGUUUGCACUUAAAUUAGUUUAUUAGGAAGAAAAUGGCUUUACAUUUUUUGGGUGUGCUCAGAACUCACAGAUGGCUAAUAUUACAGUAGGUGAAGAAAAUGAUAAAAAAAAAUUAAAACCUUUAUCUAUUGAGCAUUUAUUUUAAUAUUUCAGAUUUAAAUCUGCUCUGUAUCAUAAUGUGUAUAUUGUAAUUAAUUGAUCUGAUGGGGGCCUAAGCAGACUACCAUUACUCCAUGGAAGUUUUGUCAUUGAUAGUUAUAUUUCUAAAAGCCUAAAAUAUACAUAUUAAUAAUAUUAAAAUAAUCUUGAAUACA